AUUAAUUAGGGCAUAGUAUGCUGCAUGUUACCAAAAAAAGCCCGCCGACAAAGGGCUCUCUCAGUACCAACUACUGAGCCCGACCGGGCAAGCAUUUCUACUCAAAGAAAUGCUCAAAGUGCGUCUGCUAUAACCAAACACAAAACCUUUUUUCCCGCUUCCCAGAGAGAGCAAGGUGAUGAAACAGGAAGCGCCGCCCUCUCCCCUCCCUCAGUCUCCCUGUCUCAAGUAUCUCCUAUGAGACAAGACACAGCUCCUCCUCCUCCUCCGCCUCUUCCUCCUAGGUCUCCACGGGUCACCUACGCCGAUCAGAGACCACACUCGUCCAGGGCUUACUCCGACAAGAGACCUCUCAUCUCGCCUAGGGUCUUUAACUUUUACGAGCUAUCACCCGCCAUGGAGCUGAGAAGGUCUGAGGCGGGUGGCUUUGGUAGCAAAAACCAACCGAUAGUUCUUACAGACGAGCCUGGUACACGUGAUGGAUCUUCUCAAAGAUCUGAUGCAGUGCUGAGGGGAAUGGCGUCGAAACGUUUGGAUGUAGGCGGAGGAAAACUGGACACGCAUUUCGUGUGCAACAUUUGCAGCAAAAUAUGCGGCUCUCAGGCCCAACUCAUAAUCCAUCAGCAACAAUCCCACAAAUACCCUUGCCCUAUAUGCCCUGAAACCUUCACCAAGAAAGAACUUUUACAGACACACAUGUUACAUCAUUGGCCCAACUCGGAACACUAUAUCUGCAACAUAGAGAGUUGCAAUAGGAGGUUCAGCAACGCUGUAUUACUUCAAAAACACAUUGAACACGAACACGUGAUACCCACACCAAACCUGGAAUCACCACGAAGGCGGAUCUCUGAGGGAUCAGACUGGUCACCAGUACCCCAACAGAGCCCCUCCUCUCCCUCCUCCUUUAAAACCCCCUCCUCCUGGCACCCUCCUGACUCCCCUGCUCCCUCCACUGAGUACUUCAGGUCCCCCACGGGCAGCAUCACCAGUCCGCUAUGUAGACGGAGCAUAGGGUCGGAAGGAGGCCCAUUCAAGCCGUACAACAGGUCCCCAGGCCAGGGUGGGGAGUGGAGGAGUAGUAAAGUGCUGGUGGAUGAACAUGUCAAGUACUUGCAGAGUCUACGAGAUACGUCACAGGUCACACAGUACAUAACGCAGCAAGUGCUAGCCCAGCAACAAAGUCUGGCAGACUCUCAGCUUCACUCUGCCAACAACAAGUUACUCCUGGACCACCACAUAGUCCAGCAGACAGGAUCGGGUCUCCUUGCUCCUUCUUCUCCUUUCUUUCAGUCACGGUCCAUCACAUUUGAUGUGUCCUCUCCUAAUAUACUCGCUCCACAGCCCAUCAAGCAUUCACCACUCGGUAUCUUGAAAAGAAGGCACACAUCGUCGGAGAGCAGUGCUGUUAAUGACAGGGCUGAAGUAGAUCAGGGAGCCAGACAGUUUUCUAGAAACCUCCAAGAAACAAGAGUAGAAACUCCAGAACCUUCCCCUAAUCUACCUGAUACUAAACCAUCUAUUUUAUCUCCUGGAUCACUGGAGAAUGUGUUUAUAGACGUUGAACCCGGCACAAUCAGCGGUCUGGAUCUCCUCGGACAAGUUUCUUCCCAGCUCAGCCGACUCAAUGAGGGAGAACCGGUCAAGAACAAGUCGAAACCUGCCCCACUAGAUCUCCCCUCGGAUCCCCACUUCACCCUGACCCCACCCUACACUGGAACCCCACGCUACCUCUGGACCCCCACCAAGUCUGUUACUCUUCCUCCCUCUUCUUUCUUCUCCAUGGAGCCCAAGAAGAUCAGGAUUGGAGAUGAGUUUCAAGCUACAAUCCCUGAUUUGGUUACCGGACCUGAUGACAGGAGACAGGGAGAGGGACCCAUGACACCGGUUUAUACCCCGCCUGCUGAUGAGAAGGAAGAUGAUAAAAGAGAAAUAUUCUUCAAGCACACAAUACCCGUCUACCCUGAUUCUGAGUUUCUUCAUCACUGCGUCCACGCUACUGGAGGAGAUUUACAGGAAGCGUGCAAGUUGGCCCGCUGUCCAGUUCAACCCAAACUGUCUGCGACCCACCCUCUUCACAAUUACAGGUACAAUGGACGAUAUAGAUGGACGCUUGAUGACCAGGAAAGGUUCCUUCUUCUCUUCCAGCGAUUCGGAAGGAAUUUAGCCCUGAUUGCCAAGUGGAUGCCAGACAAAAAGAUAGCCGAUAUUGUUGAGUAUUACUACUUCUGGAAGGUGCGGUAUCCUGAUGUAUACAAGCAGUGGAGAAAUCAACAGAAUAAUUGCCGUCUAUCCCAGCCCCCAACAACGACCGAGUACGAUCAAAAGGUCCCGCCAACUAAACCUAACCGACGGCAGAGUCGUAAAGAGAUAGUCUACUUUGAAACGGAAGCUUACACGACCCACGACGCGAAGGGAAACAAAGAGAUAAAGUUCCGGCAGAAGAAGGUGGUGAACCCGUAUACGGUGUCGCCCCGUCCCAGGAGCAACAAGCCCCCCAACCCUCAACCUUUGGGAAGCUACAAGUGUAAAGUCUGCGGAAAGGAAUUCCAAAAGGUAAAGUCACGGAGCGCACAUAUGAAGACACACAAGCGGCAGCAGAACGCAGUAGCCCUCCUCGCCACGCCCACCCUCCUUCAGCAGCAGUACCAGCUCCAUUCCCAACAACAACAACUGCACCAGCAGCUCCAGGCCCAGCUCAAGCACCUCACCCCCGACUCCCUGGCUCCGCCCGCUUCCUCCGCCCAAUCUCUCGAGCUCCUCUUGUCACGUGACCCACACGACAUCAGGACCACACGUGACAUUACCAUGACGUCACGUGACUCCAUCACGGACUCCCGUGACGUCGUCAUGGCUUCGCCCAACGACGGCACCAACAAGGGAAACACGUCCCAAAACAGGACAGAUAAUUCAGCAACAUGACGUAAAGUUCUUAACUGUUUUUAUUUCAGAGUUUUAACUUUUACCGGCUCGUGGGAGUCGAGCAGUUUAUUUUUAGUGUUGCCGAGAAUAACACACGGACAGCUACCUGCCGUACAAUAUUUGAAUAUGUUAAUUAAUUGAGUUGGCUGUCAUUACGUCGCGGUGUCAGAUCAAUACGACUUUCAUGCUUAUUGGGUUACACUUUACCAAUAGAUACAACUCGAUAUGUUUACAUAAAACAUACAGUUUUGGGACCUCCACUGGGGGUAUGUUAUAGUUACCACGCUGGUUACUAGUAGUUACCAGACUGGUUACUAGUAGUUACUGGACUGGUUACUAGCAGUUGCCAGACUGGUUACUAGUAGUUACCAGACUGGUUACUAGUAGUUACCAGACUGGUUACUAGUAGUUACCGGACUAUUCACUAGUAGUUACCGGACUGGUUACUAGUAGUUACCAGACUGGUGACUAGUAGUUACUAUACUGGUGACUAGUAGUUACUAGGCUGGUUACUAGUAGUUACCAGACUGGUUACUAGUAGUUACUGGACUGGUUACUAGCAGUUGCCAGACUGGUUACUAGUAGUUACCAGACUGGUUACUAGUAGUUACCAGACUGGUGACUAGUAGUUACCAGACUGGUUACUAGUAGUUACCAGACUGGUUACUAGUAGUUACCAGACUGGUUACUGGUAGUUACCAGACUAGUUACUGGUAGUUACCAGACUGGUUACUGGUAGUUACCAGACUGGUGACUAGUAGUUACCACUCAGGCGAGUAGGAUAUCGGUGUCUCAACGUUAGUCAGGGAUGUAAAUCCAAAGGUCCGAUAUCAAGUACAACUCCAAGCAGUUUAUUGAUACAAAUUUUGGCAUACAAUGAUCGGGUUUGCAUUACUGACCUCCAUUCCGAGUUCAAGGUACGGUAAUCAAGGAAGAGCAAUGUAACUAUGUGACAAAUUGAGUUGCACAGUCCUACGAAAUGCUAUGUUUUAUAGUUUUGACAAGUCACUGAUAUCGCUAAAAAAUAGCAUUUCGUAACGAUUGAAAUGGUAAAGACCCCACGGCCAUCUGUUCCGAUCAUCUUGAUCAAGUUAACAUCUGAUGCCGCGAUUCAAGGGUGGACAUGUUGUUAUGGCAAGCCUGUAACGUUGCCAUGGCAACAUCAGAUAAUGUGUUGGUAUUUGUAGAAUUGUUUCCGAUGAUCAAUCUUUAAUUAAUUUUUGGUUAUAAUAAUUUAUUUAAAUCUAAUACCGUUUUAAAUGCCGUAAAAUCUUGCAACAAGACCCCUACUUCUAAAAGGGAACGAAAAAUUUAAAACGUUUUAAUAAUGUUGUGAACAGUAUAAUGAACGGGUGAUUAUUAUUCUCUCAGUUCGGCAGAAUCAGCUUUUUAUGAAGCACCGUGGUAGCAUGGUACUGAGCAAGCACUUUGUCACCAUGGUGACACAUUCAAGCACUUUUGACCAAGGUGAUGUGCAUUAAGCACCGUGUUACUGUUUACAUGGUGACGAAAGCACCGUGUCACCUUGGUGAUACGUCGGUACCGUGUUACCGGUGAGAUUACAUCAGCAUGGGGAGUUGAAAGUAUGAGAGCCGCGUGAAGGUGGAUUGGACCGCGGGAAACUCUUUAAUCCAAUCUUUCAAUCACUUUCAAUUAUAUGAUCCUUUGAUUUAUCCAGAAUAUGUUGCACAAUUUCAGUAACCGAAACUGGUUGCCCAUCAUGGUAACCGUGUUUUCCAAUAAUUUUACUGACAGUUAAAUGUAAAAUUGAGUUUAAAAUAUUAAUUUUAUCGUGUGCUGGUUUAUGAAUAAUAUUGGAUAUGAAUAUCGAUUAGAAAUUAAAGCCCGGACGCUCUAUUAAUGCCACUUUGAGGGAACAUAAAGUGUAACCUGAAGUGUUACAUAAAGUGUAACCUGAAGUGUAACAUUAAGUGUAACCUGAAGUGGUGUGGUGGGUUAAAGUAAUUAAUAGUCAUUCGAGGUUCAUUUACGACUUUUUUCAGCGAACAUUGAAUUCUCAUUUGCGAACCGUAUAUAUUUUGUUUUUUCACUUUUCAGAAGAGUUAAGAUUUAGAUCAGUGCGGCAGAAGACCGUUACCUGAGAGGCGUGGCUUUGAUUUUUAAAGUUAUAGAUUUUAAAUGCCGACAGUUAAAAUUAAUAAUAACGAAUUGAAAAUUUUAGUGUUUGUCUUAUAAAUAUGAGUUGUAACAAAAUGUUAAUAAUUUUAAAAAUUCCAUGGCUCACAUUCAAA